AACCAAUAAUGUAAAUUGGCAUCAGCAUGCGUCUUAAGUCUCUUCCCACGGCGAAAAAGCGUACGCUGGAAAUAAACCACAUUUUCCGCAUUUAAGCGCGACUUAAAGAGCAUGGAAACGGGUCUGGUCGCGAAUCAUCAAGUGAAAAAUGUUGGAAGCGGAGAUCCCCCUCCUUCGACUCAUCUUAGCACACCUCUACAGCAACAGUCGCAACCAUUCCAUCAGCACCCACAGCACCACCACCAGCGAGCCGUCCACAAUCACAACAUCAACAACCUAACACCCGUGCGCGGAGAUCUGGGCAAUCGACAGCAUGGAGAAAAAGAAAACGCUUUGGAGAACCAGGUCGAGCAUCAUGCGCGUUUGCUGAAUAAAAUCGACGAGGACGAUCGGUCGAGCAGAACCAGGGAUUGGAUGGGCAGUAGGUACGAGCACUCCAACUUUCGAACGAGUAACAACAACAUCAGCAGCGGCGGUAACGCGUCCCAAAGAGGGAACAGCUCUGUUUCUGAGUUUAAUAAUUAUUUCGGGAAUGGAAGAGGAGGGCCUUGCUUUGAUCAACAUGGCGGACAACAAAGCCAUACGACGGCUUUAAUGCAUUCGGCACAGGGCAACAUGGAUCAAGUGCAAAACUCUCACGAAGGGUACCAUAACACUCCAUACAACCACUAUCCCACCUAUCGGCCGGGGUACGGUGGGGCUGGAUACGGUAUGAUGAGCCCAUCACGGCAGGGGAACAUGAUGGGCCCAGGUACCAACUCGCCUACUAUUGAUGUUGCUAAUCAUGGCAAGACUGUUAUGGCCUCUUCUACCACAGCUCCCGGAGCCAGCGUUGGGGGCUUUCAGCUGUUUCCCGGACAAAAUCAACAGCACCAUUCUGGAGCUACACCCACCCUAAACCAGCUUCUGACAUCUCCGAGUCCGAUGAUGCGCGGAUAUGGCAGCGGUUAUCAAGAGUACAGUAACCCACAGCAACAGUCCAGCAUGAGUCUGGGCAAAGACAUGAGCUCUCCUUACAGCCCUGCUGCCAGCCACAGCUGGGGAGCACAACAGAGAAACCAUCCGGCUAUGAGCCCUGGGAAUAACUGCAAUACCAGAGCCCAGGUGGCACCUAUGGACCCGAUGGCCAUGAAGCGGUCUCAGAUGUAUGCGAUGAGCAACAGUCCCUACUCUCAGCCAGGCGGAGCUUAUGUAGGACAGUCGUAUGGAUCACCCGCUCCUCAUCGAUACCCAAUGGGAAUGCAGGGGCGAGGCCAAGUUGGCGUAGGAGGGAUGCAGUAUCCUCAGCAACAGCAGAUGCCAGCGCAGUAUGGUCCACAGGGGAUGGGGGGGUACUGCCAGCAGGGUCAGCCCCCAUACUUCAGUCCCCCACAGCAGCAGUCUGUGGCCCCCUCUCAACCCCCCUACAUGCAGCAGCGGGGUCCAGCACAGCAGGAUGUUCUGCAGGAGGGCUACGGCAGCAGGGGUCAGCCUGGGAAACCAAACCACGAUGACUUGGGUCUGACUCAACAGGACCGCCCGUCCAGCCUCCCGGACCUCUCUGGCUCUAUAGAUGACCUCCCCACGGGAACAGAGGCGGGUCUCAGUUUGGCUAUCAGUGCUUCAGGUUCCACUAGUAGUCAGGGUGAGCAGAGUAACCCUGCCCAGUCUCCGUUCUCACCCCACGCCUCACCGCGCAUCCCCAACAUGCACAGCGGACCCUCGCCCUCACCGGUUGGCUCACCAGUUGGCUCCAGCCAAUCACGCUCUGGGCCCAUAUCACCUGCCAGUGGGCCAGGUGCACAGAUGGCCCCACAGACCCCAGGGAAUGUUCCUGAGGUGGGCUCCCAUUCUACCCACAGUCAGUCUCCCAUGUCUCAGGAGAGAGGUUUUGCACCUAACAUGCAGCGCAAUGCAGCUGGUCACCAGUUCGGACCCCAACAGUCUGGACACUCUAUGUCCCCACACUCCUGUCCUACUGGCCCUAUGCACCACUGUGUCGGCUCCUAUCAGCUAGGCCCCUCUUAUGGGCCGCAGAGUAGCCACUAUGGCCCUUCAGGUAACUACCUGCGGCCUCCUAACUAUGGUGGGGCACCAGGCGCCAACUACAGUGGCCCUGGUCCCGGCAUGGGUAACAGUCUUGGUAUGAAUGCCAGCAGUCCCAUGCACGGUCAGGGACCUGGGCAGCCUUGUGGAUCCAUGACUAUGGCUCGGGGACCAGGACACACAGCCGGGGGCCGGCUGUACCCUGCAGGCUCCAGUAGCCUGGCUCCGACCUCUCCCAACAUGCCCCAGUCUGCUGGCCCAGGGAUGGGUCCACCUCCUCCCAACAUCAGCCGCAAACCCCUUGAGAGUAGCCCUGCAUCUGUACAGCAGAACCCAGUGCCCUCAAGCCAGGCCAGGCUUCCCUUUGCCAGAUCCCCAGUGUACCCUGGCCUGUCUGGGCCCGGGGGACGGCCAGCUUCCUUCCCCACCCCUCAUCCCUAUCACCCCCACUACAGUUGUGAGCAGGGGCAGCCUCGCACUGAGCUGUAUGGGCUGGGCGGGUAUCAGGGUGGGUCCCAUGUGCUUGGAAUGGGCCCUGGAGGCCCCUACAAUCAUCCACCAUCCAACUGCUCAGCCAAGAUGACACCACAAGGGCCCUCCUACAACACAAUGCCUGCAGGGCCCAUGAUGGACUCAGGGGACACCAUGAUGCCCACCGAUCCCAAACAGAGAGCUGAACACAAGGAGGAAGGCAGCACACCCACCCCAGAACCCCCAAAGCCAAAAGACAACUAUGGUUCUCAGUGUGUGUCCCAGCCUCCCACCCCCUCCCCUCUGUCCCCUAGCCCAGCUAGUCUGUCCUUAUCAGGGGACGACAGCGAUAGCAUUAGCAGCCCUGCCUGGUCAAAGACCCCCAGCAGCCCUAAGCAUAGCUCAGGGAACAUGAUGAACGAGAAGAUAACACGACUGUACGACAUGGGCUGUGAGCCUGAGAGGAAACCUUGGGUGGAUCGUUACAUUGCCUUCAUGGAGGAGAGGGGCACACCUGUUCCCACCCUGCCCUUAGUGGGCAAGAAGCCGUUGGAUCUGUGCCGCCUCUACUUCUGCAUUCGAGAGAUCGGAGGCCUGGCGAUGGUAAAUAAAAACAAGAAAUGGAAAGAGCUGUCCACCCACCUGAACAUGGGGGCAUCCAGCAGUUCGGCCAGUUCCCUGAAGAAGCAGUACAUCCAGUACCUGUUUGCCUAUGAGUGCAAGGUUGAGCGUGGAGAAGAGCCCCCGCCCAACGCUUUUGCCAUGGGAGACGGCAAGAAGCAAACACAACAGGCCAAGAUCCAGCCGCCCUCACCUGCAAACUCAGGCUCUCUUCAGGGGCCACAGACUCCUCAGUCAACAGGCAGCAGCACCAUGACAGAGAUGCCAGGAGACCUAAAGCCCCCAAAACCAGCUACCACACCUCACGGGCAAAUUACCCCUCAGCCAGGUGCCAGAAAUAGUGGUGUUAGUAUACAAGAUCCCUUCUCAGAAUGCAGUGACCCAGCCUUCCAGAAGCGAGGCACCUUGCAUGUUGGAGGCAGUGGAGAUGCCAGCUCUAGAAUUCAGUUUGAUACCAGUAAGGAGUCCUAUGGAUCUGCCAGAAAAGGUGUCUCUGAGUCCUUCAUGCCUGGACAGAUGCCUGGCAGUGGUAUGCAGGAUAUGUACCCACGUGGACCGCCCUCAGCGAUGGGUAUGGGUGCACGACCCCAGUACCCCUACAACCAUAGCUUUGAGAGGAGGCCAGACCAUGUCAUGAGUCCAGAGGGGGGAAUUCCUCCCCCUGGAAAUCAGAGCAACAUGUUGCAUUCGAACAGUGAUCCCAGCAUGUUCUCAGGCAGUAGAUACCCCUCUCAUCAGAGACAUGGACAUGAUGGUUAUGUGCAGCAGUACCCUCAUGGCAUGCCAUAUGGUGCACAUGGGAUGUAUCCCCAACAGCAGGGGUACAAGCGGCCUGGAGAAGGGAUAUAUGGCCCUCCAGCUAAACGCCAUGAGAACGAAGCCUAUGGUAUGCAGUACGGUGGCCAGCAGCCUGACAUGUAUGGCCAAUAUAGCUACCCAGAGCGUAGACCCAUGCAGGGCCCAUUUCCCUAUCCUUAUGGACGAGAUCGCAUGCAGCCUGGUGGUCAGGGACCUCCCCAGCACAGCAUGAUGACUGGUGGACCACCCCCAUCAUCCAACUCAAGCUGUGGGUCUCAGGGGAACAUGUGGCACCCCAGACCUGAUAUGAGCUACCCUUACCCCAGUCGCCAGUGUCAUGGAGCCCUCUACCCCUCCAUGAGCCGUGCAGAUGAUUCAGAAGCCAGAGCAAAUCAGGACAGUCAAUGGCCCGGUCAGCGCCAGUCCCCCUGCCCUCCACACUCUUCACCCUCUUCCAGCUCCAUGACCUCCAUGGCCAGCUGGCAACCAUCAUCUUCUUACCAGUCUCCUCCAGCUAUGCCAAAUCAUAUCUCUCGAGUCCCAAGCCCUGCACCGUUCCCUCGGCCUAUUGGUGGCUCUUUGUCACCCAGUAAGGCUCAUAUGAUGGCCUCUAUGAAGCAGAUGCAAAAGCCGGGUGGCCCAGGGUCUAUGCCAAGCUCCCAGAGUGGUGGCCUUUCUGGCCAAGGCUUCCCAACAAUCCAUCGGGAAGUCAGUUUCCCGCUGGACUCUGUGGAGGCUACACAGCCCCAAAUUAAACCCCGUCGAAGGUUAACAUCCAAAGACAUUGGCACACCAGAAGCUUGGCGUGUGAUGAUGUCUCUAAAGUCUGGUUUGCUUGCAGAGAGCACAUGGGCCUUAGAUACUGUAAACAUCUUGUUGUAUGAUGAUAGCACAGUGUCUUCCUUUGCCCUAAACCAGUUACCCGGUUUAUUGGAGCUCAUUAUUGAGUAUCUCAGAAGGUGCCUAAUAAAGACUUUUGGGAUCCUUGAGGAAUAUGAAGUUGGCACUGAGGGUCAGAAAACUCUCCUUGGUUUAUGUUCAGAGCCCACAGAGAAAGAGGAACCUCCCAAUCAAGACCUAAACAGCCAAUCAGAAACAGAACAGGCAGAGAAGAGAUUAGAUGUGGAGUCUGAGAAACCUCAGGCCAGUAGCACAACAGAAGCAGUCGUUAUGGAGAAGGAGGAGGAGUCCACUGAGAAUAAGGCAGAAGAUAAAGAGAAAAACAUUGGUAAAGAAACAUGUCUGCCAUUGGAGCCUAGACCUAAGCAAGCCAGCACGUAUGACAAGCUGCCAGUGAAGGUAGAGGAGAGGGAGAUUAUGGCUGACCUUGUGGAGGAUCGUUCAGAGCUGCUAGGCCUAGUCAGGGAAUUCACCAGUGGUCUGCUACACUGGAAGGCUGGUGGAGGGGACUCCACAGCCCACAUCCAGACACACUUUGAUAGAUGUGGGAAAGAGGAAGAACCGAAGUCCUCAGACUAUCAGGAAGGUGUGGAGGCAGAUGGAAAAGAACCAGUGGAAGCUGAGCCGAGGAGGGAAGGGGAAUUGAAAAGAGAAGUUGUAGGGCCCUCAGAGGAAAGCUUGACAGCCACUGUUGAUGAAAUGCUAAGUUCUCAUCCAGGGUCCCUAUCAGUAGGUGAAACUCAAUCAUUCCCCUUCCGCUAUAGAGAGAACCAGUGUACCAUCGCCUUGGAGGAAGAUGAGCCACGAUGCUGGGACAAAGCACCUCUGUCCAUAGCAGAGGGCUGUCAAGACGAGUUGGCCAAGCGCUGCAUUUGUGUGUCCAAUAUCAUUCGAGGACUCUCCUUUGUCCCGGGGAAUGACAGCGAAAUGGCUCGGCACCCAGGUUUGGUGCUCAUUCUUGGUAAGCUGGUUCUUUUGCACCAUGAACAUCCAAAAAGAAAAAGGAUGCUGCCGACCUACCAGCGUGAGGAAGAGAGAGGUCUGGCUUGCAGCAAGGAUGAAUGGUGGUGGGACUGCCUCAGGGCCUUGCGUGAGAACACCUUGGUCACCCUAGCCAACAUUUCAGGACAGCUAGACCUGUCGAUUUAUCCUGAGAGUAUCUGCCUUCCGAUCCUGGACGGGUUGCUCCACUGGAUGGUGUGCCCUUCGGCGGAGGCCCAGGACCCUUUUUGCAUGGCAAAUGGCUUCUCCUCGCUCACACCCCAGAGAUUGGUUCUGGAAUGUCUGUGCAAACUGAGCAUCCAAGACUCAAACGUAGACCUUCUUCUGGCCACACCUCCUUUUAGUAGACAAGAGCGCCUUUUUGCCACAUUAGUGCAGCACGUGGGUGAAAGAAAGAGUCAGGUCUGCCGUGAAAUGGCUGUAGCCGUCCUCUCCAAUCUCGCACAGGGUGACUCUACAGCCGCCCGAGCCGUUGCCCUGCAGAAGGGCAGUGUGGGAGCCUUGAUAAGCUUCCUGGAGGACAGUGUAGCUAUGGCACAGUAUCAGCAGACCCCUCACAGUCUCUUGCACAUGGGACACCCCAACCAUUAUGAGCCGCCCAGCAUUAACAUGAUGUGUCGGGCUGCCAAAGCCCUGCUGGCCAUGGCACAGGUGGAGGAGAACAGGUCUGAGUUUGUGCUCUACGAAAGCAGGCUGCUCGAUAUUUCAUUGUCCUCUGUGCUGAACUCUGGUGUGGCGGCCAUUUUGUGUGAGGUACUGUUUAAGCUUGGCCGCUCGUGACACGCACAAAGGAAUCUGGAGUGCCAUCAGGAGGAGCUGAGCCACAGAUGAUCAUGCAGAAUUGAUGGUAUUAUAUUUUUAUUUAAGAUAAAGAACACAAACAAAAAAUGUUUUACAUACAAAAGAAUAUAGAGAAUAUAUAUAGCUCCUCUGCCCCAUUUCCCAGUUUUCAUUUUUUAAAUGAUUUUAAUACAGAUAUUUAAUACUUGAUAUUUUC